AUGACCGCGAAACAGUGUCAGGCUCUAGUUACCGAGGCCCCCAAUGGAGGAUCGCCAACUAUCGUCAAGAAGGCGAUCCCAGUGCCCCAGCCGGCAUCCAACCAGGCUCUGGUGAAAGUCUCAUACGUCGCCCAAAACCCGACAGACGUUCAAUCCUUGGACAGCAAUGCCUUCGGCGAAGACGCAGUCCUUGGCUGCGAUUUCGUCGGCACCGUUGAGGAAACUGGCGACAAGGUGCACAAGCUCAACAAAGGAGACUCGGUAGCUGGCUUGAUCUGGGGAGGCGAGAUAAAAGGCGUCGGAGGUUACAGCGAGUAUACCGUGGCAGAUAACGACAUCAGCUUCCGUGUUCCCAAGAACAUUACGCCAGAGGAAGCUGCUACACUGCCCCUGGCGUCGAUGACGGCUUGGCUCGCCCUCUUCUCCAAAGAUUGCCUGGCUAUUCCCAGAGACAGUGGACAUGACGCGUCAGUUUUGAUCUGGGGUGGAAGCUCAAGCGUCGGCCUCUAUGCCAUUCAGAUCGCGGCUUUGCACGGUUUCAAGGUGAUCACUACUUGCAGUCCCCGUCACUUCGAUAUGGUGAAGUAUCUGGGUGCCAAGCACGCAUUCGACUAUCACGAUGAUGGCGUCGUAGACUCCAUCAGAAAUGCGGCUCCAGGACUCAAGUAUGUUUUCGACACAAUCGGGAACAAGUCCUCAUCUGGUCUAGCCUCACAAGCCAUCGACGAGAGUGGUGGUGGUCUCUGUACUGUGAGGCCUGGGAAGGCAAACACCGAGGAAGUUACCAAGCAGACCGAGGUGACCGAUGUGCUUGUCUGGACUGCCUUCCUGAAAGAUCACCGUUAUGGGGAUUUCCAUUGGCCCGCGCAUGAGGAGGACCACAAGCUCGGAACCGAGUUCUUUGAGAAGCUUCCCGGAUGGGUUGAGGAAGGCAAGAUCAGGCCCAACAAACCAAAGAUUAUUCCUGGGGGUCUCGAUGGUGUAACGAAAGGAUUCCAGGAAUACCGAGAUGGAGAUAUUUCGGCUACCAAGCUCGUUUACAAGCUCUAG